AUGAAUGGAACCCAUUUAGCAAGCACAGCAUCAAAUGGAACGUAUAGCGAGUCGUUCAAUGGCAAUGGAACCCAUUUAAAGUCCUUGGCGGUCCCUACCACCAAGGAACAAUUGAAUGAAUUGCUUGACAAGUACUACCGAUUACUCAAAACCUCGAGAGACCACAAGAGAGACUACGAGUCUAGAAAUGAAAUAUCAAUAGAUUCGAUCACCCCUUUUGUGGACCCUACCGAGAAGGAAAGGGCACAGAUUGAGAAGGUAUUGAAGAAGAUAUCGGAUGCUCAAAAUGAAUUCAAGAAACAAGAAGAGGCACUCUUUGAGGAAAUUUCUUCGCAACCGAAAGAGGAUAAGUUGGACGUCGAGUUUUUUGGCAAACAACUUGCAGGUUUACAGUUACUUUCCAAGGACUACGACUUGCCUGAAUCCUUACAAAGGGAUUACCAAUCGUAUUUGAAAGACGAAGUAGAACAAGAAUCUGUGGGUGCCUCCGUGGAAGAGAUAUUCGACCAUUUGGCCAAUUUCAACAAUGUCGACUUCCAAGAGAAGGCCAAGGGCUUAGGUUUGAAUAUUCCUGAAACUAAUACUAAUUCAGACCCAGUAUCAGGACAACUUGGUAACUUUCUCACCGAAAAACUCAUUUCCAAUAAAAUUGCCAACCACACAAAAACCUUGGAAAACUUGCCUGUCAACUUGGGUACCUUUAAUGUAGGCGAGAACACUGAUCAAUUAGACGACUUGAAAAUCAAGGCUCUUGUUGAAUUGAAAGCUUUGCGCUUACUUCCAAAACAGAAACAGUUGAAACACAGCAUUAUUGUCAAUGAAGCCACCCAAUCCAAAUUUACUUUGCCUAGUUUGAUGAACCACCCAUUGGCACUUCAGGAAAAACGUUCUUUUAAUGUCAGACCCAAGCUGGAAAUAAAUAACCCUCACUUGCUUGCUAUUCAAUUGGAAGAACUCAAGAAGUUGGAGGCUCUGAAAUUGAAGCAUCAAUUGCAUGUUGCUAAGAUUGAACAGAUUUUGGAGACUUCAAGUCUGAUACGCAGUUUUAAAUCUCUGCGUCAACUUUAUAGAUCCACCACUUUGGCAAGACAAAUCACUAAUUUCCACCAAAAUACAGAAAAAGAAGAAUCUAAGAAGUUGGAAAAGACUGCCAAGCAAAGAUUGCAAGCCUUGAGAGCUAACGAUGAAGAAGCUUAUAUCAAGUUAUUGGAUCAAACCAAGGAUCAUAGAAUUACUCAUCUUUUGAAGCAAACUAACCAGUUCUUGGACACCUUGUCUCAGCAAGUGAGAGCCCAACAAAUGGAGAGCGAUAACUCAGCAGAAGCUCCUCAGGAGGAAAUCAAACAAGACACGGCUGACGAUUUACGUGAAAAGAUUGAUUAUUACCAGGUCGCACAUAGAAUCAAAGAAGAAAUUACUGAACAACCUACAAUUCUUGUUGGUGGAAAGUUAAAGGAGUAUCAAUUGAAAGGUUUACAAUGGAUGGUUUCUUUGUAUAAUAACAAGUUGAAUGGUAUUUUGGCAGAUGAGAUGGGUUUGGGUAAAACUAUCCAAUCUAUUUCUUUGGUUACCCAUUUGAUUGAGAAGAAGGGAGAAGAUAAAUUCUUGGUGAUUGUACCUCUUUCGACCAUCACAAAUUGGACAAUGGAAUUCGAAAAAUGGGCCCCAGCUGUGAAGGUCAUUGUAUACAAGGGUUCUCCUCAACAAAGAAAAUCUAUGCAAUGGGAAGUGAGACUGGGAAACUUUCAAGUUUUGUUGACAACGUACGAGUAUAUCAUCAGAGAAAGACCGUUGUUGUGUAAAUUCCAUUAUUCCCAUAUGAUUAUUGAUGAAGGUCAUAGAAUGAAGAAUGCAAACUCCAAGUUGUCCAUCACACUUAACCAAUAUUACAGAACGAAGAACAGAUUGAUCUUGACUGGUACUCCAUUACAAAAUAAUUUGCCAGAGUUGUGGGCCCUUUUAAAUUUCGUCUUACCUAGAAUUUUUAAUUCUGUUAAAUCUUUCGAUGAAUGGUUUAAUACUCCAUUUGCAAACACAGGUACUCAGGAAAAGAUUGAAUUAACAGAAGAAGAAUCCUUAUUGGUUAUCAGAAGAUUGCAUAAAGUUUUGAGACCGUUCUUAUUGAGAAGAUUGAAGAAGGAUGUCGAAAAGGACUUGCCUGACAAGGUGGAAAGAGUCUUGAAAUGUAAUUUGUCCGGAUUGCAAUACAUUUUAUAUCAACAAAUGUUGAAGCAUAAUGCAUUGUUCGUUGGUGCUGAUGUGGGUGGUGCAAAGUCUGGUAUCAAGGGAUUGAAUAACAAGAUCAUGCAAUUAAGAAAGAUUUGUAACCAUCCUUUCGUCUUUGAAGAAGUUGAAUCAGUACUUAACUCGACUAGAUUAACUAAUGAUUUAAUUUGGAGAGUCAGUGGUAAAUUCGAGUUGUUGGAUCGUGUUUUGCCAAAGUUCAAAGCCAGUGGGCACCGUGUGUUGAUGUUUUUUCAAAUGACUCAAGUGAUGGAUAUCAUGGAAGAUUUCUUGAGGUGGAGAGACAUGAAGUAUUUGAGAUUGGAUGGUGCAACCAAAGCCGAAGACAGACAAGAUAUGUUGAAGGUUUUCAAUGCUCCAGAUUCCGAUUACUUCUGUUUCCUUUUGUCUACUAGAGCUGGUGGUUUAGGUUUGAACUUACAAACAGCCGAUACCGUGGUUAUUUUCGAUACUGAUUGGAACCCUCACCAAGAUUUGCAAGCACAGGAUAGAGCACAUAGAAUUGGUCAAAAGAAUGAAGUCAGAAUUUUGAGAUUGAUCACCAAUGAUUCGGUCGAAGAAGUGAUUUUGGAAAGGGCUCACCAAAAGUUGGAUAUUGAUGGUAAGGUUAUCCAAGCAGGUAAGUUCGAUAACAAGUCCACUGCUGAGGAACAAGAAGCUUACUUGAAGAGAUUGCUCGAAGCCGAGGCCGAUGGAGAUGAGAAUGAGGAAAAUGACUCCUUGAAUGACGAGGAGCUCAAUGAGCUUUUGGCUCGUAAUGAUGCCGAAAAGGAGCUUUUUGCCAAAAUCGACGCACAAAGAAGGGCCGAACAGACAUCAGGAAUGUCCAGAUUGAUCGAAAAAGCCGAAUUGCCAAGUGUGUUCACUGAAGACGUAUCCAAGCACUUUGAAAAGAACGUCAAGGAGUUGGGACGCAAAAGAGAAAAGAAGAAGGUCAAGUAUGACGAUGGCUUGACGGAGGAGCAAUGGUUGAUGGCAAUGGACGAUGACAACGACUCUGUGGAAGCGGCCAUAGCCCGUAAGGAAGCACGCAUUGCCAGAAGAAAGAGAGGAAGAGCACAGGAUGGAGGCUCGGACGAAGACCUUGACGACGACGUUCUUGACGACGACGAAGCGGUUGAUGAGGACGACUUCGAGAGCGAGGAGCCACGUAAGAAGAUCAGGCGUGCCAAGACCCCCCAGGUGGACGAGAGUAUUCUCGACUCAGGCAAGGUAGUGGAUGAGCUUGCCUUGCAGUGCUACGGGGUGAUUGACGAGAUCAUGCAGCUCAAGGAUCCUGAAGACGGGCACAGUGUGGCUGAAAUCUUCCUCAAGUUGCCUUCCCGCAAGUUGUACCCUGACUAUUACCAAAUCAUCAAGCAUCCCGUGGCCAUUUCUUCAAUCAAGAAGCAGAUUGAGCAGGAGAAGUUCGACACGUUUGAGGCCUUUUUGGAGGAGGUCAGAAUCAUGUGCCGUAAUGCCAAAACCUACAACGAAGAGGGGUCUUUCGUGUACACAGAUGCGUUAGCCAUCGAGGCCGUGCUUGACCGCCACGCCUAA